GGGGCAGAAGCCCUGAAAGCCCUCUUUCCCGGCCACCGGGAUGCAGCACCAAAUACGGCGAUGCGGCGGCGUCGCCUUCGCCGCGCUCCGGCGGGUCGGCCACUUUCCAGCAGCCGCAGCCGCAGCCGCAGCCACUCCGGCGGCAUGGAGGCGCCUUACCUCUCCCCGCCUCUACUCCACCGCCGACACGAGCCAGCAGCUUCCUGCGAACUUGGUGCAGAUCAUGGAGCAGAGGAUGAAGUUGAUAGAGCAGAGGAGUGCGUACCUCCAGGAGCAAAUCAACCAGCCGGCCGCCUCACCCGAGGAAUAUUCGAGGGCUAACAAGGAGUUUCACAAGCUGGAGAGCACCAUGGAACUAAUCAAGGAGCUGCAGUCAAAGCAGAAGGAAAUUGAGGGUUUGAAAUCGUUGGUGACAAACUCUGUCGAAGAGAAAGACAUGCGUGAAAUGGCUGCCGAGGAGCUCCUUGAGGCCAUUGAGGAGGAGAAACAACUGCAGCAUGGGUUGUUCAGAACGCUUCUUCCAAAAGAUGAAGCUGAUGAGAGGGACUGUAUAUUGGAAGUGCGAGCAGGAACUGGAGGAGAAGAGGCUUCUUUGUUUGCUAUGGAUAUAUUCAAAAUGUAUGAGAAGUAUUCCCAAAAGAAUGGAUGGAAAUUUGAUGUUCUUGACUUAAUGGAGUCUGUUUCAAAAGGGUACAAGGAAGCUAGCGGGACUAUAUCAGGCCCUGGGGCAUACGGGAAACUUAAGUUUGAGAGUGGUGUUCAUAGAGUUCAGCGAGUCCCGGUAACUGAGAAAUCUGGACGUGUGCAUACUAGUGCUGUGUCAGUUGCUGUUCUUCCUCAAGCCGAUGAGGUUGAUGUCCAACUUCGUAAUGAGGACUUGAGAAUUGAUACCUAUAGAUCAGGUGGAUCUGGUGGUCAGUCUGUCAAUACGACUGAUAGUGCUGUUAGGAUAACUCAUGUUCCAACUGGAACAGUGGUUGCAAUACAAGAUGAGAGAUCGCAGCAUCAGAACAAGGCCAAGGCUCUCAAAGUUCUCCGGGCAAGAUUAUAUGAAAUGGAAAGGCAUAGACUCCACGCUGACCGGUCAAAGCUCCGAUCAGAGCAGAUUGGAAGUGGUGACAGGUCCGAGCGUAUCCGGACAUACAACUUUCCACAAGGACGUGUCACUGAUCACCGUGUCGGGAUCACACACCACUCCAUAGAGGACGUUAUGGAGGGGGAGAGCCUGGACGUAUUCAUCGACGCACUGCUGCUGCAAGAAGAGAUGGAUGCAAUUGCUUCAUUUACAUCCUAAGCCCUAAUUUUGUGGAUUGCUGGAGCAGCAAACCACGUCAUACACACAGAAUAAACCACUGUGAAGACAGGAAACUUUGGGAUCCAAUGCCCAUUAUUUAUUUUUCCUGUUCUUGAGUUCAAAAGUUUUUCUGAUCAUAGUCAUCUAGGGUUAUGGUUGGUCAGUUGUAAGAUCAUUGAUGUGUUGCCAUUGUUCUGAAACCAGCCAUGGUUAUGAUAAAUUACAUUUUUCUUUGUAUUUGUUUCCUCA